AUGGACGACACAUCGCAUUCGACCUUCAGCACGCCCAAGCGGAAGCGGACUGAUGUUGCCAGCGAUGAGGUGCCUUCCCAACUAGACAUCCACUUCUCAUUCGAGGUGUCUCAGGGCCUGCUCUCGGAUGGCGGCGACAGUCCACGCACCAAGGUCGCCCACAGGUUCCGGGGCUUGGCCCUGGCCGAUAGUGGGGGCGGGGCUGCCGCGGCAGAUGCCCGAGUCCACGACACCGAGACCGACCCCGGUCGCAAUACCACAGAUGGGGAUCCGGACAAGAUGGAGGUCGACGAAGACGAGUCGAAGAUGCGCAAAAGAUCAAAACUCACGCCACCUACAGUGACAUCCGAUGGAUCACCACGAUUGAAGCAUUCAAACCUGUCUCCAACCCAGCACCAGCACCAGUUGUCAGCGAAAAGAGUCGAAAUCCCAGAGACCCCAGCCGUACAAAAGACCGAGCCGCACACAGCUGCUGGCCCAGAGUCGCGACCCGUUCCUGGCGACGGCCAAGUCCUGUUCAAACCAAGCGCUUUAUCUGUCCAACCCGCAGCUGACAAUGCAGAACUCACCGCUGGACCUGCCAAAGUGUUCUCGAGUAAACCAGCAAAGCAAUCUUCCGCUGCGAACAACCGCCCUCUCGAGAGCCUGAAGUCCAGAGGUCGCCGGCGAGCUGGCACACCACCUCUUGCCGCGUCAGCCAGCAAACUCUGCAAUGCAGACCAGCCCGGUGAUGCAGCUGCCGAGGUGAUUGACCCGAUCCGUGCCGCGCUCACCUGGCACGAGGACGAGAUUACUGUCUACGACCCGGACGACGAGGACGACGAUGGCGUGGGUAUCAAUGGCAUCGGGUUUAAGCCGACCCCUGCCAUCGCGUAUGCUCGCACCAUGAAGAGGAAGCAGCAGCUCGCCGAGUACAAGAAAAGAGAAGAGAGGGAGGCCAGGGCACGACGGAGUUCCAGACGACGAGGAAGCCCGGACAGAGCCCCCAAAAUGCAGCGGAGGGAGAGUGCAGGCACGGAGAAUGCCAGGAAGGUUCGCUUUACGGACAGCGAAUCUGCUGCAAUGAUUACUAUUUGA